CCGGCGAACGACGACGUGCGCGGACCGUCGAUUUCUGAAGCCGGCAACACACCUUUCGAACGACGCGUAACGGUGGCGGCCGGGCCAUAAAAUCGCACUAAUCACCUGGCAAUAUUCCGAGUGCGGCUGCUAAUUGCGCGAUGUACGAGGCUGGGCAGUAGCCGAAAAGGAGCCCAAUACAAUAAACCAGUUGAAAUUAAACUAGUUUGUGUGUUUGCGUUCGCGCGUGAGAACCGGGCAAAGGAAUUUAUGCCGAAAUCGGGAGACAAUAGCUAGUGGAGGCUGCGACCGCGGAGGAUUCAAGUCCAGAAGUUGUCCGACCAGUUUUUGGUUCGGCCCGACGACUCGGCGUCUGUGUGUGCGCGUGUGUGUUUAGCUUGGAUUAUCACUAUUUUUUUUGGUGCCGGCUAGCGGUAGCGAAGCUGAGCGAAUGAGGUGCAGCUAGUAAUCGCCCGACCCAGAGAGAUGCCCUUCGUCCAGCGCGUGGUACAGCCCGUCAAUGUGGCCCAGGCCACGGCGGCCAGCUUGGGCCAUGCCGCCGGCCGCUUCCACUGCACGCCGGGCAAGUGCCGGAACAACAAUUGCAUAAACAAGCAGUCGCCGGACGGAGAUGCAGAUGGCUCGCCCACUUCGCUCACCCGGGUCCUGGUGCACCACAGCCACAACGGGGAGGAUGAGCAGCUGCAGCAGCAGCCCCUGCCUCCAGCUCCGGCACCCAUGAAGAAGCUGAAGCAGCACGUCGAGUUCCUGUCCACAUCGCCCACGCGCCACCAAUCGCAGUCCCUGCCCAAUUCGCGGCAUCCCAGCCAGCAGCGGCCUGCACUGGCCCGGAUCGCCAGUGCCCCGCAAUCGCCCACCGCCGGCUCCUCCAAGGUGGUGUCCGGCCACGAGUUCGACUCGAUCAGCAACAUUACGCUGAGCAACGCCCUGCGGCAGCUGGCCAGCCUGGUGCUCAUCGCCAGCGACAUCUUCGACGACCUGCAGCGGGACCUGCAGGCGGUGGGCGAGCGGGCGGGCCGCGUGCAGCGCAAGAUUGCGGCGGUGGAGCGACGCGUCUGUGCCUACGACCCGAAAACGGUCACAGUUCCUGAAAGCGACCUGCUCACCUUUGCACAGCGCAAGCAGCACUUCGAGACUGACAAGUCAUUCCAGGAGCAGCUCUUCACCGGCGAUACCCGGCCUCUGAGCGUGCGCCAGCUGUACACGGAGGCCGGCAAGGAGCUGCCGGCGCCUGCCAUUGCCACGGCUGGAGCCCUGGCCUCUCUGGCCCACUCUCAGGCCUUGACCCCUCCAAGAUCCAUCUCCUUCAACGGCGAGGUGCUGUCCAGCGAUCACGAGAUCCUGCAGCUCAAUGGAUCCGCUUCGGCGGAGGAUCAGCUGCUGUGCGUGUCCGAGUUCGGCAAUGCCAACCGCAAGCUUCGGACGCGCAUCGAUGCCGAGAUCGAGAUACGUUUGCCCGCUGCCAUCGAGGAUCUGCGAAAGUGGACAUCCAGCGAGGCGCUGGGUGAUGUCACCGUCACGCCGGAUUGCAUGCAUCACGUGGACACCUCGGUGAGCACCUCGCUGGUCAUUGGGGAUAAUGGCGUCCUCACGCCCGCCCUCUCUCCGUCCGUCCUCUCCGCCGAUGCCGUCGACGCCCUAUACGCGCAGAAUCUGAGCCAGGCGGCGGACAGCUCCCAUUCCCACAGCCACCAUCGCCAGCCCCAGCACCAGCUGCCCAACGAUAUCAAUAAAGAUGUGCCUUUGAACCAUCGCUUGCCUUCACCCGAGGAACAAACCAAACAGAUUGCCUUAAAAUACCCCGCCGAAGUGAUUUCGGUGAACACCAGCGGCAAGCACUUCCAGCGGAUGUGUGCGGCGCGCAAGUCAACCAGCGGAUGCUAUGCGGCUGGAACCGCCACCGCCGCCGGCUCCUCGAGCAGUGCCUCGCCGGAGAACGGGGGCCAGGCGGAGGGCAACAACCUGGACGACAAUGUGCAGACGGUCAGCCGGCGGUCAAGGUCGCGCAAGGUGCGUGGCAAGCGGCGGAACACGAUAGCCGGGAUCGAUCAGAAGGAGAUCCAGGACGCGGCCAAUGGCAACGGGGAGUCCAAGAACGCCUCGAAUGCCACAUCGCCGGUGGCGCCGGUGCACCAGGCUGCCACCGCCGCCGCUGCCUCUUCAGACGCCAAGAAGUCCAAGAAGUUCGGACGCAGCAAGUCCAGCGACAUCUUAAAAAAGGAAUCUGCUGCCUUGCCCUACGACAAGGGCAAGAGCACGCUCACCCGGCUCAACUCCCUGAAGCAGUGGGGCCGCAACCGUUUCAAGUUUAUGCAGCGCGCCGGCGAGCUGGGCGACCAGCUGGACACCAGCGGCUGCAGCUCGCAGAACAGUUCGGCGGAGAAGGCGGAGCAUGGAUCGCCAGCGGGAGAGGCGCCCAAGCGGGACAUCGACGACGAGUGUGUGGUGCACCAUUUGGUGGCCCAGAAGAGUGAAUCUCGGUUUUCGCACGAACGAAAGCCCUCGUAUUCCUCCUCAGAGAAGAGCAUGAGUGUGUCCAGCAGUGGUCAGCUGAGGGGCAGGCUGCAGCUCUCCUCCGCCACCGCUUCCGGUCCGCUCGGAGCGGCAGCGCACGUGAAGAUGCGGGAGACUGCCACGCUGAACAGGCAGCGGCGCAACGGUCUCCACGCUCUGGCCGGCAAGGAGGAGCAGCCCCACUCCUCGAGCGGCAACUGGAGUGCCAGCUCGGAGUCGGGCCGCGCCUCCAUCGGCAGCGAGAUCACCAUGCAGCCCAAGUCGAGUGCCUCGAGCACAUCGCUAAAUGUGUCCAGCUUUCAGCCGGGCGGCGGAGGAGCUAGCAGUGGCCCGCCCUCGUCCAUGCUGAGCCGACGCCGUUUCCUGAACACCUCCGCCUCGAGCAGCGUCACCAGCGAGGGCACAGCCACUCCGGAGCUGCAGGCAGAGGCCGGAGCCUAUCCGGGCCACCUGGACGAUGAGACCAGCUCCGCCUACAGCUGCGACACCGAGGGCUACUACACCUCCUUCCACAUGGACAGCGGCCUGCGCACCCUGAAGGAGGAGGAACCGUCGCCAAUGCCGGGCACGCCGCUUCAGGCGAGCCUGCACACCAGCAGCUACUCCUUCGGCAGCCAGUCCAACCAGACGGUGCUCAACGCAGAGAGCGAGUAUGAGCUGUUCGGCAGGGGAUCCACCUCCACCACGACCAGUUCGGCGGGCACCGUGUGUACGGCCCUACUGAGCGGAGCAGCCGCCGGGCCGGAUGUGCCCGAGCGGAGCAGCUCGCUGGGCAAGCACAGUGGCCAGAGCCGAAGCCAGAGCACCAGUGCCAGUAGCAGCACGCUGGAGAGGAGCUACAGCAGUAGCACCAUCGGCAGCACCCUGGAGCGCACCGGCACGAUCAAGCGGAAUGUAAAGAUGUCGCCGGCCAAGAACGGAGGCACCGAGCUGGAGACCAAGGAGGAUCAGCAACUGGAGCAGGAUCAGCAGCAGCAGCUGGAGUUCUCGGAGAGCUCCGAUCUGGAGGGCGUGGAGCGCAUUGAGCGGAUUAAGCAGAAGACGGCCAUCAGCUCCAAGCGGAUACCCUCCAUGUGCAUAAUCACCCCUACGACCAGCGACGACGACGAGCACCAGACCAUGGAUCCCAAUCGGACGCUGACCAGCCUCACCAUCGAGGUGGACCAUGAGCAGGACGGCGACGAUGAGCCCGAGCAGAAGACGCCGACAAACAGCAAGGACCACAACCUCAACGAGCUGAAGCAGACGCCCACGAAAGCCCUUAGCGGCAUGUUUGAGAAGCUGCGCGUGAAACUGGUUCCGGGCAAAAGCUCGCCCUCAAAGAACCAGCUCCAGGUCCAGGUGCCGCCCAAGCCCAAGCCCGCCAACGCGAGUGCUGUGAAUGACGACGAGCUUUACGACCUGGCUGGCGAGUACGUCACGAUAGCCGACAUCAGCAACAACAACAACAACCACCAUCGACGGCCCAAGGCAACCGCCACGGGAAUGGGCAUUUACUAUUCCAAUGACAUAGUUACGCGCCGUGCCGUCGAGCCCGCCGUCUCCGAGUACGUGUCGCUGAACGAGCUGCCCCAGCACUUGCGUCGGCAUGCAGUCUCGGCCAGAUCUCCGGCGGAGAGCCAGGAGAGCCGCGAGAGCGAGGCCUGCGCACAGCUGCCAGCCACAGAGCCGGCAGCUGUCGCCCGCUCACAGCAACCACCACCGCCGCUCGGCAGGCAGCAGCAUUCCAGCUCAGCCGGCGGGGAUGGGGUGCCGAUGUACGCGGAAAUCGGCGAGCUUAGCGAGGAGAAGCCGCUCGUCUCGGCCAGCCGUCGGCUGCGCCCGAACGCCGAGGGGAGGGUCGUGUACGACUCCGACAGUUUGAAAAGGCGCAAGGGUGCACACACCACCUUCGCACCUGGGCCGUACGUGAAGGAAACCGAAAGUGCGCUUCUCAGUGCAGAAAGUGCAGCAGCAUCGACAGGAGCAACAGCAUCAACAGGAGCAGCAUCAACCGAAGCAGGACCCAUACUAGCCACCACUAAGAGCGCCAAGCUCCUUCUGCUCAGCGGCGGUGGACUACUCGCUGGCAACCGAAAGGUGGCCAAUGUGAGGCCCAUUGUGGCCAAGAGCCCGCUCAGUAGGAACAACAGCGGCGGCGGCAACGGCAUGGCCGCCUAUCAGGCCACUAACGGAGCAACGGCGAGCAGCUACCAGGAGCAGAAGCAGCUCCUGGCCAACCGCACCAAUCCCUUUUACGAAACCAUUGCCGCGCCCGUGGCCAGCCUGAUGAUGCCCUCGCCCUCGGGCAAGUCCAACUCAUCCACCGGCUCCACGGCCACCAGUUCCUCCUCAUCGGCCUCGGGCCACUCCGGCGAAGAAGGGUAUCAACGUUUCUCUAAUAUCUAUGAGCAAGUGCAGCCAGCACCGAGCACAGAGCCACAGGGAGAUGACACUGCCACGCCCUUCCAGCGCAGUGCGCCCAUCUACUGGACGCUGCAGAGUAGGCGGAGCCAGCCCAAGGUACAGCCCACUGCUGGUGGGGUAAUCUGCCGGGAUGACCUCUAUGCCACGCCCAUUCGCAGGGCCGACCGCCUGCCCCGACCCGUUGCUACGGCGGCGGCGCCAGCAGUAGCAGCCGAUGGCAACCGGAGCAACAUAUCGCCAAUUGUGCCAAGGAACCGCAGCGGGGCCUUCCUCACCUCCACGCCCACGCGGAGCGGAGAACUAGAGAGCACUCAGGUGCCCCCCAUGAAGCAGCCGUCGCGCAACUGGAGCGAUGACGCCCCCGAGCGACUCAACACCUGCGCGGAUCGCAUUGGCCAGAGUAAGACCACGCUGAUGGACUUCAAGAAGCUGCUGCUGGCCAAGUCCGCCAAGGCGAGUCCUGUUCAGAGGAAGGUCUCCGCCGUGGAGCUGCUGAAGAAGUCCUCCUCCCCGGUCCCAGCCACAAUCACGCCCGCUGUGAAGCCCACUGGAGCUGGUCAGAAGGUGGUUGCGGCGGGUGCAGGAAAGCCCACGAUAAACAGCAGCCUAAAGCUGCUGGACCUAAGUGGGUCUCCCAAGACGUUCGCUAAUCGCCGGAUGCUUCGCCAGGGCCAGUUUGGAUCGCCCUCCAAGACCUUUGCGCCCAAGAUGCGCGGUCCCGUAAAUGUGGUGGCUGCUGCAGCGGCCCCGCCGCGAACGGACAUCAUGUCUAGCACGAUAAUGGAGGCGAACAGCGAGGAGGACCACUCCAACACCAGCGGCGGAUCGCGGGCCAGCUCCGAGGCGAAGGAGACGGCUGUCCUCUCCAGCUUCGAUUUGAAGAGAAACUUCUUUCUGCAAACCGAGGAGAACAACUUCAUGCGGGGCGAACUGAAACCCAGCUUUGCCAGGACGAACGGAGGAGCCGGCGUAGCAGCGGGAGCCAGCGGUGAGGGCAACAAGUACGUGGCGGCUCCGGUGGCGAGUACACCGCCGCUGCCCUCAUUUGAGACGGCAUUGUAGAGCGGGUCUAACCCAAAGGAGAAUACAUAUUCCAUAAGAAACGAUACCAUAAUCGAGAAAAGAGCAAUUCCCUUCCGUAGCCAAGCCGAAACUGCAUUUAUUGACGAACGGAACCGACGACGACGAGUCAGAAGCGAUGCUACUUUAUGCAACAUAUACAUAUACAUAUAUCACUAUAUAUACUUAUACAUAACGCCCUUAUACAAUAAACUGUAUUUUUUAACUUGUGCUGCUUGUAUAAACGGAGAUGUUUUAUACACGAAUACGAAUCGUCUGUACACCUACCAUACAAUCUACAUAUUUAUUUGUAAUUUUACGUUAUUUAUUGCAACUAUUGUAUUACGCUACAACACGCAUUGCAUUGCCCCUUGUUUUCGUGGUGCAAACACUUGUACGUACGUCUAAAGAACUAAAGAAAAUCGCUUAAAAAAUAAACACACAUUGGAUAACAUAA